AUGGUGGAAAAUCCAUUAAGGCAGACCUCACGGGUUCUUGAGGUAAAUGUGUUCUUUGUGAAGAGACGGACCUAUGUACCAAGUUUCACGACUCUACAUCACACGUGCCCUGCCAACGAGCCCAGUCCAGCCCUGCCGAGGAGCCCAGCCCAGCCCUGCCAACGAGCCCAGCCCAGCCCAGUCCAGUCCAGCCGAGGAGCCCAGCCCAGCCCUGUCGAGAAGCCCAGCCCAGCCCUGCCAACGAGCCCAGUCCAGUCCAGCCGAGGAGCCCAGCCCAGCCCUGCCAACGAGCCCAGCCCAGUCCAGUCCAGCCGAGGAGCCCAGCCCAGCCCUGACAACGAGCCCAGCCCAGCCCAGCCCAGUCCAGUCCAGCUGAGGAGCCCAGCCCAGUCUAGCCGAGGAGCCCAGCCCAGUCCAGCCGAGGAGCCCAGCCCAGCCCUGUCGAGAAGCCCAGCCCAGCCCUGCCAACGAGCUCUGGAUAAGAGCCCCAGUCCAGCCGAGGAGCCCAGCCGAGGAGCCCAGCCCAGCCCAGUCCAGCCGAGGAGCCCAGCCCAGUCUAGCCGAGGAGCCCAGCCCAGCCUAGGAGCCCAGCCCAGUCCAGUCCAGGAGCCCAGCCCAGCCCAGCCCUGCCAACGAGCCCAGCCCAGCCCAGUCCAGUCGAGGAGCCCAGCCCAGCCCUGUCGAGAAGCCCAGCCCAGCCCUGCCAACGAGCCCAGUCCAGUCCAGCCGAGGAGCCCAGCCCAGCCCUGCCAACGAGCCCAGCCCAGCCCAGCCCAGUCCAGUCCAGCUGAGGAGCCCAGCCCAGUCCAGCCGAGGAGCCCAGUCCAGCCGAGGAGCCCAGCCCAGCCCAGCCGAGGAGCCCAGCCCAGUCCAGCCGAGGAGCCCAGCCCAGUCCAGCCGAGGAGCCCAGCCCAGUCCAGCCGAGGAGCCCAGCCCAGUCUAGCCGAGGAGCCCAGCCCAGCCCAGGAGCCCAGCCCAGGAGCCCAGCCCAGUCCAGCCCAGGAGCCCAGCCCAGUCCAGCCGAGGAGCCCAGCCCAGUCCAGCCUAGGAGCCCAACCCAGCCGAGCAGCCCAGUCCAGCCGAGGAGCCCAGCCGAGGAGCUCAGCCGAGGAGCCCAGCCCAGCCGAGGAGCCCAGCCCAGCAGAGAAGCCCAGCCCAGCAGAGAAGCCCAGCCCAGCCCUGCCAACGAGCCCAGCCCUGCCAACGAGCCCAGCCCAUUCAGAGAGCAGUGAGUUGACUUUAUCAGACGCUCGUUUGGAGCUCUCAGUGGACCGAGGAGACCUCGGUGACUCACUGCUCUGCCCUGCUCAGCCCCGAAGCUCCCCAGUCCUGCUCAGCCCCACAGCUCCCCAGCCCUACUCAGCCCUGCUCAGCCCCGUAGCUCCCCAGCCCUACUCAGCCCUGCUCAGCCAACUCCCCAGCCCUGCUCAGCCCCGUAGCUCCCCAGCCCUGCUCAGCACCGUAGCUCCCCAGCCCUGCUUAGCCCCGCAACUCCCCAGCCCUGCUCAGCCCUGCAGCUCCCCAGCCCUGCUCAGCCCUGCAGCUCCCCAGACCUGCUCAGCCCUUCAGCUCCCCAGCCCUGCAGCUCCCCAGCCCUGCAGGUCCUCAGCCCUGCUCAGCCCUGCAGGUCCCCAGCCCGGCUCAGCCCUGCAGGUCCCCAGCCCGGCUCAGCCCUGCAGGUCCCCAGCCUGGCUCAGCCCUGCAGGUCCCCAGCCCGGCUCAGCCUUGCAGGUCCCCAGCCCUGCUCAGCCCUGCAGCUCCCCAGCCCUGCUCAGCCUGCUCAGCCCUGCAGCUCCCCAGCCCUGCUCAGCCUGCUCAGCCCUGCAGCUCCCCAGCCCUGCUCAGCCUGCUCAGCCCUGCAGCUCCCCAGCCCGGCUCAGCCCUGCAGGUCCCCAGCCCGGCUCAGCCCUGCAGGUCCCCAGCCCUGCUCAGCCCUGCAGCUCCCCAGCCCUGCUCAGCCCUGCAGCUCCCCAGCCCUGCUCAGCCCUGCAGCUCCCCAGCCCUGCUCAGCCCUUCAGCUCCCCAGCGCUGCUCAGCCCUGCAGGUCCCCAGCCCGGCUCAGCCCUGCAGGUCCCCAGCCCUGCUCAGCCCUGCAGCUCCCCAGCCCUGCUCAGCCUGCUCAGCCCUGCAGCUCCCCAGCCCUGCUCAGCCCUGCUCAGCCCUGCAGCUCCCCAGCCCUGCUCAGCCCUGCAGCUCCCCAGCCCUGCUCAGCCCUGCAGCUCCCCAGCCAUGCAGCUCUCCAGCCCUGCAGCUCCCCAGCCCUGCUCAGCCCUGCAGCUCCCCAGCCCGGCUCAGCCUUGCAGGUCACCGCAAGAGGACACCGCAUAA